AUGUCGGGCUUCCUGGCCUGGCUGGGUCACGAGGAGCCACAAGACAGCCCUUUCAUCAAGGCGCUGAAGGAUGACUGGCUGGCACAGAACUCGGAGUCCCGCGAGGAGGAUGUGACCCGAAAACAGCUCGAGGCACGGAUUGCUGCAGCAGAGAAGGCUGCUGGCAAGAUCACCGAGCCCAACAAGCUUCUGGAUUUGGCAGAGGCCUACGGGGUCUUGAAUCCUCGCGACAAGCGCUGCCUUGAGACCUGCGAGCUGGUCAUGAGGUUCUCACUGCCCUUCCUAGAUCGCCAACGGCAAGGGGACGCGCACCAGCUGCACGCAAGGUCGCUCUUCCUACACAACGACCCGGAGGCGGCCCUGCGAGCGCUCCUGCGCGCGCAGGAGUGCUACAAGGACCAGGGCACCAAGGCCUUGCGGCGCUCCAGCAACGCCGCGCUGCUGCGCACCUACGCGGCGCUGCAGCAGGGGGACAAGGCCUGCGAGCGGCUGCAGGUGGCCCUGACCAUGUGCGAGACCAAAGAGGACGCGCUAAAUGUGUAUCUCAGCGGGAAGGUGGCCUUAGAAGGUGCUGGCUGUGACGAUCGAUUUGAGUCAAUCUGGGACGACUAUUUGGAUGACAACCCGGAGACGAAGGCGCAUCUUGAAGGUCAGAUGAAGGUGAUGAAAGACCUCUCCAAGCAGGUUGGCCCAAAGGAUGCAGAAGAUGACUUCAAGAUGCCAGAGACCUUGCCGGAGGCCAUUCAGCUUGCCAAGCAGCAUAAAGUCAUCACCUGUGUGCUGGUGAUAGCGCUGCUAGUGUACCUUGCCUUUGCCAUCUACGCAUCACUCUGGAUUUCCAGAAGGGUGGUUGCCCGACUGAAGAAAGACUAG